AUGAAAUACAUUAGAAAUCAUAAAAAGUAUUAUGACAGGUAAUGCUUUAGAAAAAAUUGUUGACUCUCAAUGUAUCACGGUGACACAAACAUUGGAAGAAUUAGUUUUUUUUACUAUCAUCAAGUCUGUGGCUCGCCGAUCAUUGAUUUUUUCGACCAAACAAACUGUAUACUUUGUAGGAACGAAAUAUGUACCAGAGGCAACGGUAAACAUGGAAAAAAACAAAUCGAAAUUUUUAAGAGAAAGAUACGAGCCUACAGAUUAUUAAAAAAAUAUAUAUAUUUUCAAACAGCCUCGCCUCUUUUUAUCACAUACAAGCAUUUCUACACCGUUGAUACGUCAUCGGCUGAUACGAGUUUUUUUUAACGCACACGAAUUCGAGUCCGCUGAAAAUAUCGUUUUAGCGGUCUUGUCGAAGAGACGAAAACGUGUUCACAAAUACAUUCGGGUCCCUCUCUCGUACAUGUAGUGGAGGGAAGGGGUCAAGCCGCUCGAGCGCCAGUUAUAUAUCCCCCAAGAAGUUUGACAACUUUUUACGCUAAAUAUAAACUUCCCGAGGCGGCGGCGGUGCAAGAGUCGCUCCCACCUCGAUGUACCGGCCACUAUCCGGGCAAUAUUAUAAUCCACGUGUUUGAGUACCACUACCAUUUUCGCACGUGUGCUACUGCUCCGAGCGUCUCGUCGCUACUGCACAUACACUAUACUGACCACUACCACUAAAACUACUACUACUACUACUACUACUACUACCACCGAGGAGGAGUACGAGUUACGAGUUCGCGCGUAUAUAUAUUUGUUUCUGCGGCACAUAGCAACAACGACGACGACGAUCCGGAGGCGUGUGUGCGUGCGCCACAACUUUCGCGAUGUACGAGCCCAUUGUGCCUCUUUAGUGCCGAAGGCGCGCGCCGAGCAGCCGGUCGUCUGUUUCGUAUUUGUGAGCCGAGCCAGCCAGUCUUAUAUGUAGUCGCAGUGCUGCAUAUCAUCUACGGAGAGACGCGCCGCAAACUUUUGUGUGACCCUGACUUUGCUGCUGCUGCUGCUGCUGCCACCGCCGCCGCCACCACCACCGCUACGUAUAAAGACCGAGCCGAUCGAUCGGUGUGCGCGCGCCCCCGCAACCUCCAGGGGCUAGAGUUCUCGCUUUUAUACCUUUUGGUCUACUGAACUCGUUUUCGGCAGCAAGUCGCGCUCGUAUUCGCAGACAUGUCUUCGUCCAGUGAUAUUCCUUCCAGAUUCAAAAAGAUGGUGAAAGGAAAUACUUACCGAGAGCAGGGCAUCGUAGCUCUUGCUGAAAUAUUAGGCACUGCUACCCUAGUGUUUAUAGGAUGUAUGGGGUGCGUAGGAGGAUUACUAAAUGUUGGUAUUCCCAGUCAUAUACAAAUCACAUUAAACUUUGGAUUGGCAGUUAUGAUAGUUAUUCAGUGCUUUGGACAUUUAAGUCAUGCCCAUGUCAAUCCAGCGAUGACACUUGUUUCUGUGGUUUUGGGCAUAAAAACAGUUAGGGAAGGUUUAGUAUAUUUUGUAGCGCAAACAAUCGGAGCCAUUCUAGGAUUUGGUUUAUUAAAGGCGGUAACACCUGCGGGCAGUCUUAGAGCCAAUGCCAAUGCAACUUUGGAUACUUUCUGCGUAACGGAUUUACACAGUGACGUCUCGCCGAUUCAAGGGCUCUUAGUCGAGGGCAUUGCCACGGCUAUUCUCGCUCUCAUAGCAUGCGCCGUGUGGGACCCUCGCAAUGCUCGUAACACCGACUCGACUCCCGCCAAAUUUGGUUUGAGCGUCACAGCUCUGGCCAUUUCGUGCGGACCUUACACGGGUUGCAGUAUGAAUCCAGUCAGAACCCUUGCACCAGCUAUUUGGAACAAUUACUGGGGCCAUCACUGGAUCUACUGGCUGGGGCCUUUUGGUGGUGCUCUCUUGGCGUCCCUUGCCUACAAAGUAAUCUUCUCCGUUCAAAAUAACGAUAACGAAGAUAUGAAUCUGCCAGAAAACGUUGCAUUAAAUAGCGUUGAUACACAUCAAGCCAAGCAUAUGUAAUCCUUAUGUUGGAUCAUUGAUUUCACAUCUUGGAAUUUUAAAAAACUGAUGUCUCGAAAAGUGUGUGAAAACAUUUGUUUCAUCAUUAAUACUUCCACGUGUUCACAGUCGUAAUAAGAAAAACAAUUUUAUCAACGUCAAAAAGUGAGCUUUUUGUCACAACACACAAACUAAUUACGAUAUUUAGUAUAAGAUAUUUAUCAAUAAUGUUGUUGGAAAGAUAGAUUUUUUAUUGUGAAUAUGUUGUUUCAAUUUUAAAAUGUAAAAAGUGAUUACAAUCAAAGUUGUUACAAUACGUUAGUGCUAAAGAUAAUUAUCAAAGGUACCUAUAUAUUAUAUGUAUUUUCGUGUUAUAUUUUUAAUUUGCAUAAGUUAUAAGUUGUUAUAUUUCUUCUACACAUUUAUUCGAUUCAUUAAUUCAAAAGAAAACAUGUUUUUGUACGAAAUGUUUGAUACUUCAAAAACACCAAUGUAACAAGCCAAACUUGAAAUUUUAUACGAAUUUUUAUAAAAUAAUCUGUACGAGAAUAAGUCUAAUUUAACUAAAGCAUUUUGUUGAGAAUAUAUGUUGUUUUGUCUAAAAUGUGGCUAUUUACAAUAGCCAAUAAAAGAAAUUAUUAAUUUUUA